AUGCUGACCCCUCUCUUGCCUGGUAUCAUCACUAGGUCUUCCCCUGUCCCCAGGGAUAGCCACCGGAAGCUUGAGCUGGUACCCAGACCUUCAAGCUACAAGAAGAAAAAGAAGACAAGGAAACAGCUUCAGCAAGAAGCCAGCAUCCAGACCUUCACCAGGGCUGGCCUCAGGGCCCUGCGGGCUGGUCAGGCUCAGGAGGCCUUGGGCAGCUUCCAGAAGGCCUUUCUGCUGGCCUCCAAGGUCCCAUCCACCAGAAGUAGCCCUGUUCUUCGAGCCUGUGCCUUCAACCUGGGGACUGCCUAUGUGGAGAUCGGGAACGCAGCCAAAGGACUGGAGCUACUUCUGGGAGCCCAUCCUGAAGAGAAGUGCGAAGGCUGGUGUCAUGGUGACCAGUGUUUCAAUGUGGCUUUGGCCUAUCAUGCCCUUGGUGAACUGACCCAAGCUUUGGACUGGUACCACAGGGCUCUGGGCCACUACCAGUCACAGGGGGACCAUGGGGAAGCACAGGCAAAAAUGGGAGCCUGCUACCAGACCCUGGGGCGCCCUAAGCAUGCAGCCUGCAGUUUACAGAAAACAAGCUGGGCCUAUGCUCAUGCAGGCCAACUCUGGGAUGCAGCCCUGGCUCAGGCGGCUGCAGAGAGAUGUAUGCUGAGCACUGGGCAGCAUGGACUGGGUGGGGUCCUGAAUGCUCUGGGGGAGAGCCGUGAACUUGCUGAUGCUGACCAGAGCGCUGACCGGGGACUGCUGGGGCCACUCUACAAUGAUCUAGGCAUGGGUUUCUUCCAGCUCCAGCUCUUCCCUCUGGCAGCAGAGACCUUCCUGCAGGCCCUACCCCUGUGUCGACAGCCAGCCGAGCAGGCGACGGUGCUUCAAAACCUUGGGAUGACCUACAAUGUCCUUGGCAGCUAUCAAGAAGCCCAAGAGUUUCACCAGAAGGCUGCCGAUCUACAUGGCUCUGUGGGCCAGCGUUUGGAGCAAGGUCGGAGCUUUGGCGGGCUGGCAUUUUCACUGAGCCAGAUGGGGGACCACAGGGCUGCUCGGGACAGCUAUUUUCAUGCCCUGCAGGCUGCCCAAGACACUAGGGACGUGAAGGGACAGUGGCAGGCCUGUGAGGGCCUUGGGGCAGCUGCAGCCAGACUGGGGCAACAUGAUAAGGCCUUGAAAUACUAUAAGGAAGCCCUGGCCCGGUGUCAGCACGAACCGGGUUCUGUGCGAGAGCGACUUGUGGCCAAGCUGGCGGAUGCCAUGCGGACCUUCUUGACUCAGGAGAGACUAUCCCGGGCUCCUAUCCUGCCCUCUGCUCCUGGAAGGCUCCAGGCCAAGGGGAAGGCCUCCCCGGCAGCAAGGACCUCCGCCAGGUGAGCUGGGUAGGUGGGGGAGGUGCCCCGUGAGGAGAAAGAGACAGAGGGAGUGGCGAACAUGACCCCGUCAGGACCUCAGCGACAGGACGGCUUGGGAGCCGCAGUUCAUCUUCCGUCUGGAGGCCUGAGUCCCAAUCAUCACCCCGCCAUCACAGCACCCAACCCGCUCCAAGUCCAUAGGUGGACCAAGCAAGCCCUCAGCAGGAAGCCCCAGAAGACAUGUGCCCACUCUGGCUUCUGCACCAUCAUGUGA